GUGGUGUGGAUUACUUGUGGAUUUUUGUUUUACACAAUUUUCAUUUUUGGGCAAAUUAUUCCUUUAACAAAAGAAAAAAGGCUUAUAAAUCUCCUUCAGUGUGAAUUUUUUUUUUUUUUUUUUUAAACUGCUAAUUGACAACAAUAAUCACAGCCAUGGGGGAUCCCCAAUGUAAAAAGCUACAUUUUCACAGUGCCACUUUAAAAUAACCUUCAUUAAAACAUUUACAUUGUCAUAUUAUUAAAUGAUAUAUUCAUUCAAUUCAAUUAAAAAACUGUAUUUGUCCCCAAUUUAAAGGCAUAUUGAGGAGAAUGUCGAGAAUGUCAAGCAAAACAACACUUUUAUAAACAAAUAUAUACAUGUUUAAACAAAUAAACAAACAAACAAAUAAAUGUAUAAAAUUAAAAACUAGAGAAUAUUAACAUGUAACUGUACAAAUAAAAUAGAUAAAGUGCAGACAGGAAAAGUGUACACAAGAGUUGUAGAUUUACAGGAACUAUGUAUUUACAGCAUCACUGCAAUGAUAAUGGUACAUACAUCUCAAAUAUUGCAGUUGUUUAAAGAAAAAAAAAAAGAAAUGAAUCCUCACAUUUGUAGGCUAAUAAUACAAUUUCUAAUUAAAACGUUUGUAUUAUAUUGGCUAAACAGCAACUUUUCCGCUAACGUCUCAAACUUCUGAGCCUCGCUGUAUACUGUAAAUCUGCAACUUUUGCUGUCCCAGCCACAUCUCACCUCCCGUCUGUCCUUUCAUCGGCGCGCAUCGGUGCCAUCACUCAUUCAGAGAUGAAGGCUGAGUUCGCACGCCCGCAUGGGAUGGGAUGGGGGUGUGUCAUCGGUCGUGAUGUCAGAGCGCAAGGACUCUCAUGAUUGGCUCUAAUUAGAAUCUGCGGCAGCAAAUAGACACGCGUCCUGCAUGAUUGGAUUCAAAGUGGCUGGUGCCAAAAAGCGCAGAGAGGCGCAGGAGCUCCAGACGCGCUCUUCAGACGCGGAAGGAGGACGCGGCGGUCCGCUGAGCUCCGAACACGGUCAGACAGCCGAGCGGCACUUUUAGCUUGUUACCGAGAGCUUAUUAGAAGAGUGUGAGGCGGAAUAAGGCGAAGCUGAUAUUCCCGGAGCGUUUCGCGGGCGCAACUGCAGCACAGCAACUUCAGAAACAUCAAGCAGAACUAGUUCUCCAGAAUCUGAGCACCAUGGCAUCGGUCCCCAGCAGCCAGGUCAAAUGCAAGUUCAAGAGGAGGAGGAGGAGAAGGUCCAAGCGAAAAGAGAAAAUGAACAUGUUGUCUGCACUGAUCGCCCCCUUCAAGUACAUGAACCCAGCAGCCAAUUGCACAGAAGACGAGGACACAUUGAGCACCAGCAGUGCUGAGGUCAAGGAGAACCGUAACACAGGAAAUUUGGAAGAUUGUGCUAUUGUUCCAUCAGACUGCCAAACACUCUUCCUGUCCGAUUCGCCCAGGGACGGGGCGCCUGGCCUCAAGCGAAAGCGACCUUUGGAGGAGGACAAUAACGGACACUUGCGCAAGUUGCGUCUGUACUGCAAGAAACUGGCAUGGUCCGAUGCACCAAAGAAUGCCCUGGUCCAGUUGAACGAGCUGAGACCGGGUCUACAGUACAGGAUGGUCUCUCAAACAGGACCGGUGCACGCGCCUCUCUUUUCCAUCGCCGUGGAAGUCAACGGACUCACGUUCGAGGGCACCGGCCCUACAAAGAAAAAGGCUAAGAUGAAAGCAGCCGAGAUGGCUCUGAAGUCGUUCAUCCAGUUUCCCAACGCCUCGCAAGCUCACUUGGCCAUGGGCGGCCUGAGCAACCCCGCAGCCGACUUCACCUCGGACCAGGCUGAUUUCCCGGACACGCUGUUCAAAGGCUUCGAGCCUGACGGCUGCCGCUCUGCAGAGAGCGAGUUGCUGUCUAGCGCCCUUCGUUUGCGCCACACGUUGGACUUGAUGGUUGUGCACGCCAGGCAAGGAGAUCCCUGCCUUCCCCCACCUUCGGUUCCCACCACCCAGCCCAGCCCGGUCGUCCUGCUCAACGACCUGAGGCCCGGCCUGCGAUACGCUUGCCUGUCGGAGCGCGUCCAGGGCAAACGGGCACACCGCAGCUUCGUCAUGGCCGUUCGAGUGGACGGCAGGAUAUUCGAGGGCUCGGGUCGCAGUAAGAAGCAGGCGAAGAGGCAGGCGGCUCUGUGUGCCCUGCAGGCGCUCUUCAACUUCAGGCUGGCACCUGAGGCGAGAGCGGGACACCGGCCCAGUAGGAUCAAAUGCCCUCAUUUGCCCCAGGAGUUUGCGGAUGCAUUAUUCCACCUGGUGCGAGAGAAAUACACAGAGCUGGCCGGCUGCUCCUCACUGCUGCACGCGCGUCACAAAGGCCUGGCGGGCAUCGUCAUGACCAGAGGUCUGGAUCUGAGACAGGCCCAAGUGGUGGCGCUAUCGACAGGGACUAAAUGCAUUAAUGGGGAGUAUAUCAGUGACCAGGGCCUGGUGGUCAAUGACUGUCAUGCUGAAAUCACGACUAGACGAGCCCUGCUGCGGUUCCUGUACUCGCAGCUAGAGUUACACCUCAGCAAAAGGAAAGAGGACUGCGAGCAAUCGAUCUUCGUACGGCACAAAGAUUCCUGUUUGAGACUCAGAGAGAACGUCCUCUUCCACAUGUACAUCAGUACAUCGCCCUGCGGGGACGCCCGUGUGAACUCGCCGUAUGAAAUCACCUCCGAUUUGCACAGCAACAGAUACUUGGUAAAGAAGUUUCACAGCCACCUACGGACAAAGAUUGAAUCAGGGGAAGGCACGCUGCCUGUAAAGUCAACAGGUCCCGUUCAGACGUGGGACGGAGUCCUUCAAGGAGAACGUCUCAUCACCAUGUCAUGCACCGACAAGAUUUCCAGGUGGAAUGUACUUGGCCUGCAGGGGGCGCUGCUUAGUCAUUUUGUGGAGCCGGUGUAUCUGUACAGCCUGACGGUGGGCAGUCUGAGACACACGGGUCACUUCUCCAGGAUGAUGAACCACAGGCUGGAGAGAGUCGGACCUCUGCCCACCUGCUACCACCGCAACCAGCCUUUACUCAGCGGCCUGAGCAGCAGUGACUGCAGGCAGCAGGGGAAGUCCGUGUGUUACAGUGUCAAUUGGACGGCAGGUGACACCCAACUGGAGGUGCUCAAUGCUUCUACUGGGAAGAGGAGAGACUCCGGGGCUCCGUCCAGACUUUGCAAGCAUGCGCUUUUUGCACGUUGGAUCAGACUCUAUCGCAAGCUGGUGGUCCGUGGGGCGAGUGGGACGCCGCUUUACUGUGAAGCGAAGCAGGCGGCCGGCACCUACCAGACUGUGAAACUGCAGUGGUUGAAGGGUCUACAGGAAGCAGGACUAGGGACCUGGGUCAGAAAACCUCCUGAGCAGGAAAACUUCACACUGACUGUAUGAGUAAUCAUCCCCUCGUCACCAAAACCACCUUCACUUGCCAACCAGUCACCACAGAAGCCCUUUCUCACCCCUAAAGUCAACAACAUCCCACUGCCACAAAUUCUCCACAGGGAGAUGACAAGAGUCGCAACUAGGUGGUAAACCUUGUUCUGUCAAACUCUUGCUACCAAAGUAAAGAUAAGGCACGGAAGAAUUUUGUACUUUGGCUUUCAUGGCUUCUGUAGGAAAGGGUACGGUUAGAUUUUUCUUCCCACACCAGUAAAGCGCAAACCCUGGCCCACAGACGAUUCCAUAGAUUUCAUUGGUCAUGUCAGACACAAUCCUGAAUACUUACCUCUAACCUGAGUAACAUAGUGUUGGAAGCGUAUCCCUGAUAGAUAUUAUUACUAUUUGUUACAAUUAAAUCCCUGCCAGAAGUCUGGACUUUUAGACAGGUUGAGUUUGUAACAGGGUUGACCAGUGAAGUAAACUGUGGGGAGGGAUUUGCACUUAACUAAUAUAGAAAAAUUAUGUUUAUGGUUAAAUACAUGUUCUGACAUUAUAAAAGAUCCUAUACCCAUCCUCAAUGCUUAAUUAAAACGUAUAACAGUAGUGUAGUAAUACCUUGUUCUAGCUAAUCUAAUUCAGCUUUUCUCAACCAGCAAGUGCUAUGCUAAGCUAGUAGGCUAAGCUAAGAACAAAUACAACGUAAAAUUAUUUUUUUUAGAGUUUUUAAUCAGGCUCAGAAUCGAGUACCCAUGAAAAGUUGUCUUUGAUUGAAUUGCUUUGGUGUCUGAAGGGGACAGGAAUUGCAGGACAUUGUAAGAUCCUGUUUAAAACUGCGAUACUCAAAUGACACAAAUAAUUGCACACCGAAUAUUGCUAUGAGUUUUGAGUUUUAGCUCACCAGAUUCAUUGACAAAGAAAAAACACUUGUAGCAAGCAAAUAGCGCUGACUUUCCCACCGGAUGUGCUGUAAGUUUUUACCAGUUAUUAUCGGGGAUGGCACGAUUAGCCAAUCAGAAUCUAGUAUUCCACAGGGCCAUGUAAUGAUAAAACAUGAGUUCCAGAAGCUUCCACAAUACCUUUAGUGUGAAGGUACAAUGCCUUCAUACCCCCCGAAAGUGUUCGUACCCAUUUAUUACGUUUUAUGUUGCAGCCUUUUAUUAAACUGCUUUAAAUUACUUUUUUCCCCACAUCAGUGUACACUCCAUACAUCAUAAUGACUAAGCAAAAAAGGGGUUUGUACCAACUUGUAACAACUGCAGAUUUAUUAGAAAUAAAAGACUGAAAUGACUCCAUUGCAUAAGUAUUCAUACUGUAUUUCAUUACUGUAUUUACAUACGCUCAGGAUCACUCAUUUCAUUUGUAGAUGUUACUACACUUCAAGUGGCAUUAAACUGCAAAAAAAAAAAAAAAGGUCUAA